UUAAUCUACGAUUGCACACAUGUCGAGAGAUUAUUAGAACGGCUCAUUCCCGGGGAUCAAUUUCACGUUCCUCUAUGGAAAUUUAUUGCUCAGGCGAUAAUGUGAUCGUCGGAAUUCAAAUGAAUUUUCAUUCGAGCACUUCGAAGUUUGUAAAGAUCGAAGGGCAGCAUUGAAAUAGCGAGGGGGGACCUUAAAUAGUGAGAAAGUUGAUUAUAAAUUAUAAACCGUCGACUGGGUCGAGGGCGAGCUUCCAAUGAAACUUUCAAGAUCGAGCGCGCAGUUGGCUCGAAGUGAAAUGGGGCCAGGGAGUAAAAGAUGUUUGGGAUGUAAACAAAGCGAUGUUUUCUCAUCAACGGAAGAUAUUUCAAUGAAACUCGCGCGAUGAUUAACGAGCUGCUCGACGGCGCGGUUAUUGGGCAGGAAAGUGCGCCGGGAUUUUCGUUAUUUUUUGGUAUUCCGAGCUCGCUCCGCGCGCAUCAGGAAAGUUAAUCGUUUCCGAGCGAUCGCGCAGGUGCGCGCAAAUAUUUGAGCGUCAAUUAGCCGGACGAGGGGGGUGGCUGAAAUCUAAAAAAUCUUUGCACGGCAAUGAAACUCAAAGAUUUUCAUAAAGCGACGAAACAUUGACCCACUUUUCAAACACCACGCUUCAAGGUCACGCGAUUACUGCAAAUAAUAUGAUUUUCGUAUAAAAACGACGCGGAGACCGAGCGAAACACACACUUUUUUCUUGCUCGACCAAGAGUUCGUCGAUCUUAAAAAGCGAAAAUGAUAUUCGGCUUGGCUAUUUUUUGUUUUGCAACGGCGCCAUGGGCGCUGGGCCAGAAGGUCCACGAGCAAAUGAGUGCGGAGCAAGUGUCAGCGAUUUUUAAAACGACUCACGACUCGGUGCCUGAUUACGAAGUUGUGCAAUUUCACGAGCCCCGCUUGAGGAAACGGGACUCGGAAGAGCCGGAAAAUCUCGUAGCCAAAGUCUUUGGAGAUGACGUCAGGCUCUGGCUAAAACCAGUCGAGGGAGUCUUGGCAGGCCAAAGUACACCUGUUUAUUCGGCAAAGAUUGAUCCAUGGAAUGGAGAAGUAGUUUACAGAGAACUUCCAGCUGCUAUGACGAGGGUGGGACAAUUGUUGGAAGAUCCGGUUAAGCGAGCUUCUUUGGUCGCGAGAACCACUGCCAAAGGUCGACUCGCCUACAGCGGAUUCAUUGGCGCUUACGACCUCGUGGUCAAGCCUCUGCCGGAGUCGAUCGCCGACGAUCUAGGAAAAAACGCUUCCUCCCACGGCCCCGAAUCUUCGGAGCAUCGGAAGUCGACUUACCACGUCGUUUACAAAAGACACGCCAGGGAUUUGGACGAGGUUCUGGGAAGCAUCAGAACGGUCGACGAGAGAAAAGCGAGCCCGGAAGCCUUCACGAGGAACGUUCGUCCCAUACCUGCCGUGGUGUACCCUGAAGUUAUGGUCGUCGUUGACUACGAGCUUUUCAGAAUGCACAAAUACGACGUCGACGAGGUGCUCGUGUACACUCUGGCUUUCUGGAACGGAGUCGAUCUGCUGUACCGGAGUUUCGAUGAGCCUAAAUUCAGGUUCAACAUCGCUCGUGUCAUCAUUUCUAUGGAACGCGAGGCAACGCCGUACCUUACGAACAACAUGUACAACGCGAUAUUGGUCGAUGCCUUUGAGGCACACGCUGCUGCGCUAGAAUAUUAUUACUCGGUACUGAACGUUUUUCCUGCCACGAGUUAUGACGCGGUUGUCACAAUGACGGGUCUGGAGAUGACCGAUGGCAACGGGCAACCCAACACCUUGGGCGUGGCUCUCAACGGUGGAGCAUGUUUCGUCGACCAUUUCCGCAAAACCGUAGGAAGCGCUGCUCUGUCAACCGACGAUGGGACGUUCCACGGGGUGGCGACGACUGCCCACGAGUUCGCUCAUCUGUUGGGCUCCACUCACGACAACGGGGCAGCGUGCGAAGCGGACGCUGGUUACAUCAUGGCACCGAAUUCCGGAGUGACGGAAAACGCUCACGACUUUUCUCAGUGCACGGUAACAGCGAUCGCGACUUUCCUCAGCAGAAAUGGCGGGGUUUGUUUCUACAACGAGCCAGCAGUGAGGAACCCCUUGCCAAGAGGAUUGCUGCCCGGUUUGUUGAGCGACCGGGAUCACCAGUGCAAAAAAAUGGGCAAUGGAGGAAGCUGCUACACGGGCGCCUCGUGGCAACUCCCUUGCUCCGCUGCUUACUGUUACGAUCUCCAGGCUCCGAACAGGUGCUACAAGUACACGUCUCAGGCGCCGCCUGACGGCGCCAGUUGCGCCGUUGGAAAGGUUUGCGUGCACGGCAAAUGUCUGGCGUUGUAAAAACGCUCCGGAAUAACUAGGCGGCCCAAGUGAAAUGUAUGAAAUGAAUAAAUCGAAUAAAUCGACGAAACAAAUGGCGACGUGAAAAGUGA